AGUUUUUGAAGAUAUUAAGUAACUUCUUCUAGCACUUAUACCAUGAGAAUCACGAUGGCCAGGUGUACCUCAUCCAGCACGAUCCUCGGGGCGUCAUCGCGGCACGGAGUCGUCUCGGCUGCGAGCACAACACGCGUAGCAGAUUCUGCCACACAGAUCGUGUUUUUGAUGGAGCACCUUUCAAAGGUAGCGGGCUCAUCAAACGCCAGGACAGUCAACUUCUGUCUGGGCGGCGGGC